AUGGUUGGGAAGGUAGCAGAUGGAAAUCGCUUAGUCAAAAUUCUGCGAAAUACGCCUAUCAGGCAAGGCCAACCAGGUUGGAAUUGUGUUUCCUGGGUAAAGGAGGCUCUGGAAAUGUUGAAGGAUGAUUCCAAGGCUUUGGGCACAAGCGUCGUUGCAUGGGAAAAGGUGCGUAACGGGGCCUAUCUAUCCGGCGUACGCAUCGAUCACAGCACUUCCAACCGCAGUUUCGGGGUUGAGCCCUAA